UGGGGAGCUCUUUUUCAUUUCUCUCUAAACCAUCUCAAACUAUUUCUAAAUGCAUCAACCAAAGCAUCUUUUCCGUACCAAUGCAUAGCAUAAAGUUUUCCCAUUGGUCUCUGAAAGAAAAAGAUCAUCUAGUAUAGUAAUGCCAGCAAAAUCAUCCAUAGGAAAACCCAUUAAUAUCUUCCCUAUUUAAUUGCUUUAAAAUAGGGAAAGGAAAAAAUAAUCAGAGUGUGGCUUUUGGGAAGCCAUGGGAGAGGUGGGAAUAGAAGUGGGCUGUGUUUCAAAUUCUUCAAUUCGACACGAUUCGAUGUUGAAGAUGAUGAAAAGCUUUGAUUCUUCUUCUUCUGUACAAGUCCUCCCCAUUACUGAUAUUCCCACAUUAGAAUCCUCUCUUCCUUCAUCUCCACCUUUAAAUCCAAUUGAAGCUUGGCUUCCAAUCACUGAGUCCAGGAAUGGCAAUACUUUCUCUGCUAUGUUUCAUCUUCUUUGUUCAGGAAUUGGAAUUCAAGCACUUUCGCUUCCCUUUGCUUUUGCAUCUCUUGGAUGGGUAUGGGGCAUGAUAAGCAUUUCGGUGACAUUUGUGUGGCAGCUCUACACCACAUCGCUUCUCAUCAAACUUCAUGAAUCUCCCUCUAGACCUCGCUGCAGCAGAUACCUCCUCCUGGCAAUAACUGCUUUUGGCACAAAGUUGGGGAAACUGCUAUCCAUAUUCCCAGUAAUGUAUCUAUCAGGGGGAACAUGUGUGAUGCUGAUCAUCACAGGAGGUGGGACCAUGCAGCUUCUGUUUAAAACCUUGUGUCGCGAAGCAGCAGAUUGCCAUGCCAAGUCAUUGAGCGGUGCAGAGUGGUUCUUGGUGUUCACCUCCUUGGCAAUAGCCAUGGCGCAGCUUCCCAACUUGAAUUCUAUAGCCAAAACGUCUUUAGUCGGUGCCAUCAUGGCUUUGGGCUAUUGUACGCUUCUUUGGGCCCUUUCUAUCAGCAUGGAUAGGCCCAAAGACAUUUCGUACGAACCACUCGUAAAGAAAGAGUCUGGUGUGGAUAUGUUUGGUGGAAUUUUGAGUGCAAUAGGGAUCAUUGUUCUUUGCUUCAGAGGCCACAAUGUUGUGCUUGAGAUUCAGGGGACAUUGCCUUCAGAUUCAAAACAACCAUCCCGCAAGACAAUGUGGAGAGCGGUCAAAAUCUCAUAUACACUAAUAGUCAUGUGCUUGUUUUCCCUAGCAAUAGCAGGAUUUUGGGCUUACGGAGACGAGAUACUCUUUAAUGGAACAAUAUUGACUGCUAUUUUGAAAAUCCACGGUGAUAAAAUCUCCAAAUCCAUGAUGAUACUAAUUUGCAUACAAAUAAUCAUAAGCUGCUUAUGCACUUUCCAAAUCUAUGCCAUGGUCGUUUUCGACAACUUAGAGUUUAGGUAUAUCAGCAGCAAGAAAAAGAAGUGCCCAUGGUGGGUUCGAACUUGUAUUCGGCUUUUCUUUGGAGGGCUGGCUUUCUUCAUAGCUGUGACUUUUCCGUUUUUGGGUAGCUUGGCUCCUCUUAUUGGAGGCAUGACAAUGCCUUUGACUUAUGUUUAUCCAUGUUUCAUGUGGAUAGCAAUAAAGAAACCAAGCUCCAAGAGUGCAAUGUGGUGGGUUAAUCUGGCUUUGGGUUGCUUGGGAGUGAUCUUGAGUGUCUUAUUAGUUGCUGCAGCCAUUUGGAAUUUGUCGGAUAAAGGCUUAAAUGCCAAUUUUUUUGACCCUUAAUAUUAGUGGUAUUUGGUUACAAAAAAAAAAAAAAAAAAAAAAAUAUCACUAAAAAGUAAGGUUCAAAAUAUCUUGUAAAGAUGAACUUAUUGAAUGUCUUGAAACGGAAAUAUUAUCAAUAUAUCACUUUUAGAAAUAUGAAAAUAUCAAAUAAUAUUUUAUAAUUAACCCUUCAAAAAUAGAAAAAUUUUGUGAAAUAAAAAAAAAAUUUAUGGGUAUUUCAAAACUUGCUAAUAAUUGGAAUUAUGGAAUAUAUAUAUAAAUAUAUAGUGGUCAAAGUUUUGGAAAGACCCAUGAUGUAUAAAAUAGUCGCAGCUUAUGUGGUUGCCAUGUUGAAGAUCAUUUUGCAGAUAAUCAUUUUCUUUUUUUUUUUUUUGUCUAUAUGUAUUUUUUAUCAACUUAAUUUUCUUGUAUAACAUCUUUGAUAAUA